AUGGAAUUGAUAUCCUUGUGGAUUGGUGUUGUGAAUCUACAAAAUAUUUCUUGUGCAAAGCAUAUUCCUACCUCUUUAAUCAGUUAUAUACAAGAGCAACUCACUAAUGAAAAUAAUGAUAUCAUCUACUUUGAUGAAUUUAAACAUCAUAGGAUACAGAAAUUGGAAUUGGAUGUUGAUGAAGAUGUAAAGAAUUACCUCACAAAAUUUGAAAAUAUUACUAUUCUAGAAGAAUUAAGAAUAGCAUUGGACAAUAGCCCU